AUGAAAAAAACAAGAGACAAACCAGCAAAACUGAAGUGCAGGGAAAUCCAGGAGCGUAAAGGAGACAAGACACCAGAGCUCAAGUGUGACUCAUCGAUUCAGGUGCAGACAAUCAAGAAGGAGGGAAACCAGACAAAGAUAGGAAGUAAAGGAAAGAAGCUUCAAAUCCAGGACAUUUUGAGAACUGUGUCAGGUCAAAGCACUGAAGAGUGUGUUCCUAACUACUUUGGGAUUGACUACAUUCAUCAGUUGGACGCGGGAAACCUCAAGUUUGUGGACAGUUUCCAAAACUGCACCAUCAUUAAGCGGCUAAGCCUUAAGAGGCGGCCCAGAGCGGCUGUUAAUAAUGCAGAAAAAACGCAGAGUGGUGUUUCAUCCAGUCAGUGGUAUUCUGAAGAAUCCUUCACAUCAUCAAGCACAGUUGAUACAAGACAAUUGGGUUUGUCUGCCACAACGAAAGGUCGACCACCACUUCCUCCUCCGCAUUGUUCCUCCUUGGAUACUAAGCUGAUAAGGAAUGGGGGACUAGAAAAAUCUCAAAUACUUACUGAGUCAAAGCCUCAACCUACUGUAAGAUCUAUAAAAAGACCUGCUAUGGAGACCAACAAGCACCUGGAGCAGGAGAUGACCAGCCAGCCUCCACCUCAGCCUCCACCUCAGCCCCAACCUCGGCGACGACUGGCCAGCUUUGGAGGGGUAAGCUCCCCUGGGUCACUCUCCCCCUUCACUGGCCUUGUGGCAUAUAAUCAGAGCAACAGUGGAAACAAGUAUACUGGAACAGGGAGUGACAUGAACGUUCACUUUAGCUCAUCCCUUGGCGCCAGAGGCAGCACAGGGAGCCUGACAUUUAGCCCACAGAGCUCUGGUAGAACAACUCCAGUUCAGAGUCCCGGCUCCAUGCACCUGCAGCAUGUCCGUGACCAGAUGGUGGUAGCUCUGCAGAGGCUGAAGGAAUUGGAAGAGCAGGUGAAAAUCAUCCCUAUCCUCCAGGUAAAAAUAUCAGUCCUUCAGGAGGAAAAGAGGCAACUCCACUCUCAGCUCAAGAACCAGAGUGACAAUGAGGACAUGAACAAUGGGAUCUGUAGGAGAGCUGAUAGCAUGGAAAGGUCUGAUAUUAAGGUGCAUAUAGAAGAGGGACACAAAGUGCAGAGUGACCCAAACAACCUAAGUGAAUUCAGGAAACUGACUAAAGAGAUGCAGGCACUGGAAAGAAGCCUCAAGGGUGGACAUUUGCAUGCUAGGCUAGGACAAGGCCAUACCUCUGCUCAUGAAAAUACAGUCCUAGUUGGAAUUGAUGAAGACGCCACGUUGCCUAAACCUUUAAAAGAAAACAAAUGUGUGUUCACAAAUCAGGUAGAGACCAGAGACAUUGCAACAGAGGUGUCUGAAGUUAAUCUUGGAAUUUACAGUGUGAGGGAAGCAGAGCUUGAUGCCCAACAGCUAUUAAUUGGUGCCCUGAAGGAGAGAAUUUCUUACUUGGAAGCAGAGUUGAAAGAAUCAGCCCUCCAGACAGAGAUGAGUCGGCUGAAACUGGAGCUUCAGGCGGCAGGAGCUAGGAGCAGAGCUGACAAAGCAUGUCUUGCAAAGCCAUCCACUGUGAGCACAGGUUUUGAAGCGAGGCCACACACCACAAGCCAGGGAGUGGGUAAUCACACAGAGGUACGGGACAAUAGCACGGGGGAGGCAACAGAGGUAAAGAGCGUGGGAGUAUCAUGUUGUGGACCAGAGCUGAGAAACGUUUGCACCGGACCAGAUGUACCCAUGAAGACCAAAGAAAAGGGCAUGGGGAUUCAGGUUUUAAAAAACACACAGGGCGUUUUGAUGGAGAUAAAGAUGUGUAAUGCAGAAACCAACACAGCGCCACCACUGGAGAUUGUGGGGUUAAAGAAAGGAAAGACUCAGUAUCGUUCAGUGGCUAGUGGGGACUGUUCUGUUGAUGUGAUCAUCUGUGAACCAAAGGAACUGGUUUCUGAAGGUAUGGCCACAGAUCCAAUCAGAAGAGCUGAACUGGGAAUCAUGGCAACACCACUGACAGCUUCACAGCGUACCAACACUCUAUCCAGCUCAGUGUCUCGCUUUACCAACACCAGGCAUACCUUCAGCACAGACUCCAGCACUAAUACUCUCCUCAGUACCCAAGACAAGCACACCAACACCACUCAGACUCUUACAAGGGCUGUGUCUGUAGGGAACCGGGUCACAGACAUCAAAUGCGCCCCAGAGACCCGUACCAUCGGUGUCGGAACUGCAACUCUGGUUGGAAAUGGUCUCAAAAUGACCAGAGACACUGGUGUAGGGUUCACAAACAUUAAUGAGAAUUUCCUGGUAGGACUGAAAACCCGAAAUAUGGCCUCUGGACCAUCCCAUCUGCCUGACCCUAUCAAGACAAGAAGUAUCGGUGUAGGAGAGGGGAGGAUACGGGAUUUUUCAUCUUCACGCAGUACACCUGCCCAGAGUUCCCAGCAAUCUUCGCAGUCCCAGUGGGACCCUGAGCUUAACCACUACAUAGAAAAGAUGCAGAAGCUCCUCGGGGAGCAUGGGAACCUGCUCACAGACGACUGUUCAAACCAGUACAGUGGUCAAGGAAAUGACAGCUCCAGGUGGUCCGGCAACAACAAAGCUGAGGUCCAUCAUUUAUAUUCUCAGCCACCAGUCAGCAGAGAGUAUCAGUCUCCGUUUCAACUGUCAGUCCACUCUUCUAAAUGUGAAAAAACAAACCCAGAAAUCUGCCAACAGAGCGGCAAUGAAUCUGAGGUGAAAAGAAUGAUACAGCUGUUAGAGCAACAGGGAUCCUCGGCCUCGCAAGACAAGUCAGCUUAUCCUGGCGUGCAGCUGCCUGUGAUAAAGAAACAGAAUGGAGAGCCAGGCUGUAGCAGUAACAGGAGGAUCAUGAAGUUCAUGAGGGUGACAGCAGGACUGGACCCCAUGCCGUCUUACGAGCUCCCGGUCAGUGAGAAAGGAAACUCGGAGGAAGGGGACAGGAGAGGAGACAAAAAGUUAAGGGAACCCUUUCAAGGUACGACUCAAGCCAGAAAGGGCAAAGGAGGCUCCAACAAGGGGGUGAAGACGUCAAAGCCGCACACACAACAGAGGUGUAAGUUAAGUGAAAAGAUUUUCUCUGCUUGUCAAGCCUUAAAGAUGCACCUGAGUGAUGACACAGCUCUACCCAACAGGGAAUUGCAUAACUGCCUGCAAACGCUCCAGCAGGAGUGGUUCUCCGCGUCCAGCCACAAGUCGGCUGCUCCCGAUGCUGUGGCAGACUACUUGUCAGCGUUCCGGGUCAUUUCGCCUGCGGUAUUGCGGCACAUUGCGAAUAUGGUCGACGGCAAUGGAAACACAGCUCUGCACUACAGCGUGUCUCACUCCAACUUUGGCAUUGUCAAGAGACUGCUGGAUGCAGAGGUGUGUAACGUGAAUCAGCAGAACAAAGCCGGCUACACGCCCAUCAUGCUGGCGGCGCUCGCAGCUGUGGAGAGUGCAGAGGACACGAGGGUUGUGGAGCAGCUCUUCACAAAGGGAGAUGUCAACGCCAAGGCCAGCCAGGCCGGUCAGACCGCUCUCAUGCUGGCUGUGAGCCACGGCAGAAUGGGGGUGGUGCAGGCCCUCCUGGCGCAGGGGGCGGAGGUCAACCUCCAGGAUGACGAGGGCUCCACCGCGCUGAUGUGUGCCAGCGAGCAUGGCCACGCUGACAUCGUGAAACUCCUGUUGGCCCAGGCAGACUGCGACGCCACCCUGACCGAUGGUGAUGAAAGCACAGCCCUGUCCAUCGCACUGGAGGCCGGACAUCACGACAUUGCAGUGCUGCUGUAUGCUCAUGCCAACUUCUCCAGAGGACAGACUGGGGCCGCCGCUCAUCACAGUGUAAAGUCCCUCUCCUCCCCUGGUGGCAGACAUCAUUUUGAAUAAUGCGAUGGCUCAAAUUCAGAUUCUUCAUGAGAGUCACAUUCAUGAGGCGAUUCCGAUCAAAUCUCUCAUAACGAAUGUGAGGAUUUUAACAAUGUCCGUUUUAACCUCUGUCAGACAAAUUCUUUAACAUUGUAAUUUACCAGUUGACAGGAUACUAGUCGUUUUCAGGGUCCGGUGUCCCAUAGCAUUUGAAUAAUGUGGCUUAGUGUCAUUAUACUUCACAUCAGCAGCAGCUAAUAUAUGCAUAGCAGAGUAUAUUGGUUUGUAUUAAUAAUAUAUAACAUUUAAUGAUUGAACCUGCAGUUGUUUUGUUAUAUGCAUUACUUCAAAUAUGUUCUUUAUUCCUGGCGAUUCAGUUUUUUUGCAAAUAAUAUUUCAAAUAUUUUAAAAUACAUAAGAUACAGAAAGUUGAUUUGACAAAAUUGCUACAUAGUAGGUAAAGAUUUUGAGAUCAUUGGAUGUCCAUAUUUGUAUUGUUAUGGAAUAGAUUUAUAUAUAUUUAGGAACUGAUGUGUUACUAUUUCCAUAUUCUUUUAAUGGAAGAAUGUCAAACUUUGAUAUUUUCCAAUCAUAAAAUGACAUGAUAUUACUUAAGACUGAAGCAGGAACUUCUGCUGAUAUGCAAUACAUUGUGGAUAACGUGCAACGGAAUAUUUCAGCACUUGGGAAAAAUGCUCAUUUGCUUUCUCACAAAAUGAGAAGCACAACACCAACUCCCUGUGGGUUUAACAUGAGGAUAGCUUGGGUGUGAUACAGAUAACACAACGUCACGUUACCUGCUGAGCUGGACCCAAAUGCAAACAAAGAAAAACCGCAAGGCCUAGAAAAAAAUAACAUUUAGUCAGCUGAAGAACUCUGGGGAAACAAAACUGAAAAAAAAAAAAAAAAUCAGUAGACACAGCAACUGGACAUUAAAAAUAAUACUGAUCGAGGACCUGACACAUUUGACUUAAUCGACACAGAAAUAAUACAAAACGGUGACAGUGUAAUAAAGUCCAAACCAGAUUGAUUAAUUAGUAAGCUUUAAGAAGCUUUGAACCAUAUACAAAUGGAUGUAGACUCCAGGUCCAGAAAGUGAAGCCAAUGUAGAACUCCCUGACUCGUGUAUUAUCGCAAAUGACCAGCAGAGGGUGACUCCACUGGUUUUCAAAGAAUUCUGUUUGAACAAAUGUCUCUGAUCAUAAUUCUUACUUGAUUUUUUACAUCAGUAAACAUGUUCCUAAUUAGUUUAUUAUCACAAUUGCUAGUUUCAAGUAUUCUUAAAUAAACCAUGACGUUCUUUUUAGUAAAUUAUGGUCCCAUUUAGAGAAAAACAGAAGAUAAAGCAAUGCAUCAGGACAUGGAUAGUGUCUGAUUGACAGCUAAUAACAUCCAAUGGGUGCAGGUUACAGGUGUAGGUGGGCAUGCAGCGUCUUUGGUUACUUCUAGAUCAAACCAAGAUGGCGCUGGACGAAAUGCCCAACUAAAGGCUUCAAAACUGCAGAUUACACAAACCAAUAGUCCAGCCAGCUCCUUCCAUCCAUUCUUUUAUGUUAAGCUAAGGAUCUCACCUGGGGGCUGCAGCUUCAUAUUUAACGGACAGAUGUGAGAGAGAUUUUUCUUACACUGGAAGGGACUGAAAUAGCAUAUUAAAAAAAAAAUUUCACUCCUCCUUCAAAUGGCGUUGACAUUAAAAUGCUGUUUUGAUGAAAGCUGGACAGCUGAAUAUUUUCUCGUCUGUGAAUGACAUGUCUUUUGUCACCUGACUGUAACUUUU